UGGAUGGGUGGGUCAGGGGUGGACUUUCUUUGUGUUCGGCGCCUGCCAGGAGGUGAAUGCCGCUCCCCCCCCUCCUGCCAGCCUUUACGGUAAGGCAUCCUGGCGUGCUGGUUUUCCCCGACACCCAUUUGCCCGAACGUGUGAAUGCUUCGGAUGGGCAGCCGGCCCUUUGAUCCUUGGUCUCGAACGGGAAGGUAACUGGCAUUGUGGAACUUCACCAUUUACUCCAAGAUGGCAGGCCUUGUGUCUCAAAGUUUGGUAACAUAUGUGGAAGAAGAAAAUGUUCCUGCUUUGAAAGCACUUCUUGAGAAAUGCAAAGAUGUAGAUGAGCGGAAUGAGAAUGGUCAGACUCCAUUAAUGGUAGCUGCCGAGCAAGGCAAUUUAGAAAUUGUCGAAGAAUUAAUAAAAAAAGGUGCCAACUGCAACUUGGAAGAUUCCGAUAACUGGACAGCCCUUAUUUCAGCAGCUAAAGAAGGGCAUGCUGCCGUUGUGGCAGAGCUACUUAGUUGUAACGUGAACAUUGAACAUCGAGACAUGGGGGGAUGGACAGCCCUUAUGUGGGCAUGUUACAAAGGCCGUACAGAAGUAGCAGAACUGCUUCUUGAAAGAGGAGCCAAUCCAAACAUCACUGGACUGCAAUACAGUGUCUAUCCAAUAAUUUGGGCAGCAGGACGGGGCCACUCUCAUAUCGUAGAACUCCUGCUACAAUACGGAGCGAAAGUCAACUGCUCUGACAAGUAUGGUACCACACCGUUGAUUUGGGCAGCAAGAAAGGGUCACCUGGAAUGCGUGAAAUACUUGUUGCAUAUGGGAGCAGAUGUUGAUCAAGAAGGAGCUAAUUCCAUGACUGCACUUAUUGUCGCAGUAAAAGGUGGUUUCACAGAUUCGGUGAAAGAAAUCCUGAAAAGGAACCCCAAUGUAAACCUAACCGAUAAAGACGGAAACACAGCUUUGAUGAUUGCUGCAAAGGAGGGGCACACAGAAAUAGUGCAGGAUCUCCUGGAUGCAGGAACCUAUGUGAAUAUUCCUGACAGAAGUGGAGAUACUGUGCUCAUUGGUGCUGUCAGAGGUGGUCAUGUGGAAAUAGUGAGAGCUUUACUCCAUAAAUAUGCUGACAUAGACAUUAGAGGUCAGGACAGCAAAACUGCUUUAUAUUGGGCUGUGGAGAAGGGAAAUGCUACAAUGGUGAGAGAUAUCUUGCAGUGCAAUCCAGACACUGAAAUAUCCACCAAGGAUGGAGAAACCCCUCUUAUAAAGGCAACGAAGAUGAGAAACAUUGAAAUAGUUGAGCUUCUGCUUGACAAAGGAGCGAAAGUUUCAGCUGUAGAUAAGAAAGGAGAUACUCCGCUCCAUAUUGCUAUUCGUGGCAGAAGCCGCAGGCUAGCAGAACUGCUUUUAAGAAAUCCAAAAGAUGGCAGACUUCUUUACAGGCCCAAUAAAGCUGGAGAGACACCUUAUAACAUUGACUGUAGCCACCAGAAAAGCAUUUUGACUCAGAUAUUUGGAGCUAGACACUUAUCACCAACUGAAUCUGAUGGAGAUAUGCUGGGCUACGAUCUUUAUAGCAGUGCACUAGCUGAUAUUCUUAGUGAACCAACUAUGCAGCCACCCAUCUGUGUUGGACUGUAUGCCCAGUGGGGAAGUGGGAAAUCCUUUCUGCUCAAGAAACUUGAAGAUGAAAUGAAAACUUUUGCGGGACAGCAGAUUGAACCAUUGUUCCAGUUUUCAUGGCUUAUUGUAUUCCUUACUCUUCUGUUGUGUGGAAGCCUUGGUUUAUUGCUCGCAUUCACCGUAGAUGCAAAACUUGGAAUAGCCAUGGCAUUGAGCUUGCUGGCCCUACUCUAUGUGUUUUUUACGGUGAUAUAUUUUGGUAGCCGAAGAGAAGGAGAGAACUGGAACUGGGCAUGGGUCCUCAGCACGAGGUUGGCGAGGCAUAUUGGCUACAUGGAGCUGCUGCUUAAACUCAUGUUUGUGAACCCACCUGAGCUGCCUGAGCAAACUACCAAAGCCUUACCUGUGAGAUUUUUAUUUACUGAUUAUAAUAGACUGUCCAGCGUAGGCGGUGAAACUUCAAUGGCUGAGAUGAUUGCCACGCUUUCAGAUGCCUGUGAGAGAGAAUUUGGUUUCUUAGCAACACGCCUUUUUCGAGUUUUCAAGACUGAAGAGACGCAAGGCAAAAAGAAAUGGAAGAAGACUUGUUGUCUCCCGUCCUUCGUUAUCUUCCUCUUCAUUCUCAGCUGUAUUGUAGCUGGGGUUACUCUUAUAGCUUAUUUUAAAGUGAAUCCUGAAAACAUGACAGUGAAUGCUGUUUUGAUCUCAGUGGUCUGUGUUGUGGGCUUGGGCUUCCUCUUGAAUUGUCGCACAUGGUGGCGUGUCAUGGACUCGGUCCUAAAUUCGCAGAGAAAACGGCUCCAUAAUGCUGCUUCGAAGCUACACAAGCUGAAGAGUGAGGGAUUUAUGAAAGUUCUGAAAUGUGAAGUGGAGCUGAUGGCAAAGAUGGCAAAAACCAUUGAUAGCUUCACUCAGAAUCAGACUAGACUUGUGGUGAUCAUGGACGGAUUGGAUGCAUGUGAACAGGACAAAGUCUUGCAGAUGCUUGACACCGUUCGAGUCCUGUUUUCAAAAGGGCCAUUCAUUGCCAUUUUUGCUAGUGAUCCGCACAUUAUUAUAAAGGCAAUUAAUCAGAAUCUGAACAGUGUGCUACGAGACUCAAAUAUAAAUGGGCACGAUUAUAUGAGAAAUAUAGUCCACUUACCUGUCUUUCUUAAUAGCCGUGGGCUCAGUAGUGCCAAAAGGAUGAUGGUAGCUGCGACCACCAAUGGAGAUGUUCCAUACUCAGAUAGUUCAGGAUUCCAUGAAGAAGUUGAUCGAAGAGUGUCACAGAAUAGCUUAGGAGAUGUGACCAAGCUCGGAAGCAAAACAGCUCUCAACAGACGGGAUACUUACAGAAGAAGACAAAUGCAGCGUACCAUUACACGUCAAAUGUCUUUUGAUCUGACCAAGUUAUUAGUUACAGAAGACUGGUUCAGUGACAUCAGCCCACAGACAAUGAGGCGAUUGCUCAAUAUUGUUUCUGUAACAGGCCGUUUAUUGAGAGCUAACCAGAUCACUUUCAACUGGGAUAGAUUGGCUAGUUGGAUAAAUCUGACAGAGCAAUGGCCAUACAGGACAUCGUGGAUCAUACUCUAUUUGGAAGAAACAGAUGGAGUAGCAGAUCAAUUAACCUUAAAAACUAUCUAUGACAGAAUUUCAAAGAAUAUUCCAACGACUAAAGAUGUUGAACCGCUACUUGAAAUCGACGGGGAUAUUCGAAACUUUGAAGUAUUUUUGUCUUCACGAACUCCAGUCCUUGUAGCACGUGAUGUUAAAACCUUUUUACCUUGUACAGUGAACCUUGAUCCAAAGCUCCGAGAAAUCAUUGCAGAUGUCCGUGCUGCGAGAGAUCAAGUUAACAUUGGGGCUAUCCCAUAUCCCACAUUGCCUUUACAAGAGGCGGCUCCUAGAGCAUCAUCGGUAUUUAGUCAGCCAUCGUCAGCCUGCUCUUCAACACACUCCUUUAAUGGGCCUUUCAAUGCAGGAGUUGUAUCACCACAACCUCACAGCAGCUACUACAGUGGAAUGACAGGACCUCAGCAUCCUUUCUAUAACAGGCCAUUCUUUGCCCCAUAUGUUUACAUGCCAAGGUAUUACCCUGGUAGCUCUCAUCUCACCUCACGUCCAUCAUUAAAAUCGUGUUUGUCCAGGGAACAGAACAGUGGCCUAGAUAUUAUCAAGGAGGAUGCUGGUGAAUGGCUUCCUUCUCCCACAGACCCCUCAAUGCAAUGUAAGACUGGUUUAAACAGACAAAGACAGGGAACAGGCUCAGGCCCCUCUCAUGUGCCUUUGAGCUCGAUGACCGUUGAUGCAGUGUGUGAAAAACUGAAGCAGAUAGAAGGACUGGAUCAAACCAUGCUGGCUCAGUACUCCGCAACUAUAAAGAAGGCAAAUAUAAAUGGCCGUGUUUUAGCACAGUGCAACAUUGAUGAAUUGAAGCGAGAGAUGAACAUGAAUUUUGGUGACUGGCAUCUCUUCAGAAGUGCGGUCCUUGAAAUGAGAAAUGCAGAAAGUCAAGCUGUCCAUGAAGAUUCUCGGGCAGCGAAUGAGCAUGCUAGUGCAAUUCCUCAUAAUGAUCUUGCUCGUCGCCCUGCACUGAAUAGCGAGUUGCCUCACACUGAACUUACUGCUCUUCCUGGUCAAGCGCCUUACGCUCUCAAUUUCAGCUUUGAAGAGCUGAACACUAUCGGUCUAGAAGAAGCCCCACCCCGUCAUAGUAACUUAAGCUGGCAGUCACAAGCCCACCGAACUCCAAGCCUUUCAAGCCUCAAUUCUCAAGAUUCUAGUAUUGAAAUUUCAAAGCUUACUGACAAGGUACAGGCAGAAUAUAGAGAUGCAUAUAGGGAAUAUAUUGCUCAGAUGUCCCAGUUAGAAGGGGGUGCAAGUUCUAGCACUGUGAGUGGUAGAUCUUCCCCACAUAGCUCAGCAGCCUUCUACAUGGGCCAGAGCACCUCCACAGGCUCCCUGCAUUCCAGGGAACAAGAUAAGGGAAAAGAUCCUGAACAAAAACAAGAUGAUGGAAGAAAGGCCUUCUUGAUUAAACGCAACGAUGUCACAGAUUAUAGCAAUUCAGGUGUAUCAACUAAUGAUGCCUCUCCAUUGGAUCCCAUUACGGAAGAAGAUGAAAAGUCAGAUCAGUCCGGAUCCAAGCUUCUUCCAGGGAAGAAAUCGUCGGAGAGAACCAGCAUUUUCCAGGCUGCAGAUCUAAAGUUGAAAGGGGUAGCUAUGCGCUAUCAAAAGCUUCCAAGUGAUGAAGACGAGUCUGGAACAGAAGAAUCUGAUAACACUCCCCUUCUUAAGGAAGGUAAAGAUAAAAAAGCAGAGGGGAAAACAGAGAAGCAGCCAAAAUCUCCUGAGCAUGGAGCAGAGCCCAUCAGAACCUUGAUUAAAGCAAAGGAGUACUUGACAGAUGCUCUUCUGGACAAGAAGGAUUCCUCUGACUCCGGGGUGCGAUCCAAUGAAAGCUCUCCAAACCAUUCUCUCCAUAACGAUGGUGACGACUCCCAGCUUGAGAAAGCAAAUCUUAUUGAACUGGAAGAUGAUAGCCGUGGCGGGAAGAGAGGAAUUCCCCAUAGCUUGAGUGGUCUUCAAGACCCAACCAUGGCACGCAUGUCUAUUUGCUCUGAAGAUAAGAAAAGCCCUUCAGACAGCAGCUUAAUAGCAAGCAGUCCUGAAGAGAACUGGCCGGCCUGCCAGAAAGUCUACAAUUUAAAUCGCACACCUAGUACAGUCACCCUCAACAACAACAGUGCACAAACCAACAGGGGCAAUCAAAAUUUUGAGGAGCCUGAUAGUAUCCGAGAGCCUUCUCAGAUUGUUCUGCGUCCUGGAUCAAGUUCAAAUUCUGUGGCAGUACAUAAUGAUAACCUUAAAGGCGUGGCUCACAAACGCAGCCAACGUUCAGGUUAUGCCAGGCUUUCUAAAGAAGCUUCUGAGCUCCUUACCGUUACUGGCUCUGAUGCUGCAGGCUUUGGAGAAGAGAGAGAGAGUAUUCUUUAAAAGAGAGUCGGGUUAAAAUAAGGCUGCCGGAACAAUCAUGUCUCAUUCUUCAAACACUCCUCCCUUGUUUAAUAGAGCCUGAUUGAGCUUAUCCAUGUCUGUUGCUAUGGCUUAGUUCCCUGACCUCCCCCAGCUCACAUGGUCGUUAUCCCAGAAAACAGAAUGUUCAGUUUAGCCAAGGUUAAGCAUGUCUUAAUUUCCUGUAGAUUUCAGAGCGAUAGAUGUAAGCAUAUGAUUGAAAUUGGUGGGAUAAUAGCCAAAAUAUUAGAGCGUAUCCUUCUCAGAAAUAAUGAUGGAUCAAAUUCCAUAUUCCAUAUGAUGGAAAGGGGGGAAACCCUUUUAAAAUAUAGAUGAAUUCAUGGAAACACAUCUGAAUAGUUUAUCUCUAUCUCAUAAGACCCAGUGUUUUGAUUUCUUUUUAAAAACAUCCACUGGGAAAGAAAGGGAAGGAAUUUAUCAUGCCAAAGUAAAGUAAAAGGCUAGAAUAGUUUAAGCCCAAUAUCCACAGAAAUCAUUGCUAACUUAAAGUUUCAUGUUCUUGAAAGUAUUGAUGGUGUGAGUAUUGAUUCAAGACGUUUAAAAUGUAGCUCUUACUAAUUCUUUUUAGGUGAAACUGUCUCGGGGAGGUCCCAGUGGGUGACAGUUUGAUCAAGUUUUAAAACAGUUACUGCAUGGUGAACAAUUGUGGCCGAGGUUAGAAUGUAUUUGGCUGGAUUUUCUGCUCAUUUUUAGUGGUGUGUAUGAGUAGUAUUAAAUAAACAGUACAGUCUAGCUGUGACCAUGGUGUUAUUCGGAGCAGUAUUUGGAUGUAGACUUUUGAAAAUGUUAUGGAUAUUUAUGGUUUUUAAAAUGGCAUUUGAUUAAUAGGUUUUAUCUGAUUGUAGAAUGCAAAAAGGAGUGGGAGGUUAUCAUUACCUCAGUAGUAAGUAAAAAAAAUCUAAUAUUUGCCUCUGUGUAGCAAAACAGCACAUAAUUGUGUCCUUCCAAUUUUAAUGUGUUUCUGAUGUCAGUAAUCUGUACGGCUGUCAAAAUGUGCAUGGUUUUGAAUACCAUUGAUGAGAUGCAUGUAUUGCACUAGUAGAGAGAAGACAAUAAAGUAACAGGCAUGCUGCUCU